AUGGUCGGCGCCAUGCGCGCCCACGCCGGGACGGCAGCGACGCGACCCGUCGCGCACGCGCCGCGACGCGCGGCGGCGCGUGCGCGGCCGUGCGCGGGCGCGACGUGGUACCUGCACGGCGCCGGUGGCACCCGAGGGCGCGUGCGGGGCUCCUGCGGGGCCGGGGCCGGGCCGGCGGGCGCGCGGCGUGACGUCGUGGCGACAGCCUCCGCGCAGGAGCUCGCGACGACGCCCACGGCGUUCGACGAGAUCGCGAAAGGGAUGGACCGGCGGUACGUGAUGAUCUCGGGCAAGGGCGGCGUCGGGAAGACGAGCAUGGCAGCGUCGCUGGGCGUCCGGCUCGCGGCGGAGGGACACGUCGUGCUCGUCGUAUCAACCGACCCUGCCCACUCCCUCUCCGACUCCCUCGCCCAGGACGUCUCCGGCGGCCAGCCGGUGGCCCUGGAGGGCACAGACCUGUCCAUCUGGGGCAUGGAGAUCGAUCCGGAGCAGGCCAAGCAGGAAUUCAAGGAGUACUACGCUUCCGGAGGAGGAAAGGAGAACAUCGGGGACUUCAUGUCCUCCGUCGGCCUCCAGGGCCUCAUGGAGUCCCUCACGGACCUGCGCCUGAGCGAGCUCCUCGACACGCCCCCCCCCGGCCUGGACGAGUCGGUCGCCAUCGCCAAGGUCGUCCAGUUCGUCGAGUCGCAGGAGUACGCCAAGUUCACGCGGAUCGUCUUCGACACCGCGCCCACGGGCCACACCCUCCGCCUCCUCUCGCUCCCGGACUUCGUCGACAAGUCCCUCGGGAAGAUCAUCCGCCUGCGCAAGCGGCUCGCGCAGGCGUCCGGCGCCGUGCGGGCGAUCUUCGGGCAGGAGCGGCAGUCCGACGAGGCGGUGCAGAAGCUCGAGGAGCUCCAGCGCCGCGUGCUCGUCGUGCGGGACCUGUUCCGGAACGCCGACCUCUCAGAGUUCGUCAUCGCCACGGUGCCCACCCUCAUGGCGGCGAACGAGUCGCGCCGGCUGCUCAAGGAGCUGCGCGCCGAGAACAUCCCCUGCAGGCGGCUCAUCGUGAACCAGGUCGUGGGGGAGACGAACCAGGGCGCGUUCCUGAAGCAGCGGCUCGGGGACCAGAAGCGCGCGAUGAAGCGGUUCGAGACGGACCCGGCGCUCGCGGCCCUGCAGCGCAUCGACGUGGACCUAAUGGACGUGGAAGUGCGCGGCAUCCCGGCGCUGAUGUACCUGUCGUCGCUCGUGUGGACGCCGGACAACGGGUACACCGAGUCGGACGUGUCGGACGCCGAGAGCGGCGACGAGACCGCGCUGUCCUCGGAGCUGACCGACGGGCGGCGGUUCUUCAUGUUCGGGGGCAAGGGCGGCGUGGGGAAGACGAGCAUGGCCGCGUCGCUCGGCGCGAAGAUGGCCGCGGACGGCCUCCCGACCCUGAUCGUCUCGACGGACCCCGCGCACUCCCUCUCCGACUCCCUCGACCAGGACGUGUCGGGCGGCAAGCCGGUGCGCGUGGACUCGCCGAUGGGCGACAUCCCGCUGUACGGGAUGGAGAUCGACGUGGCGGCGGCGCGCGAGGAGCUCAAGGCCAUCGGGAAGGAGGGCUCCUUCUCCCGCUUCCUGUCCAACAUGGGCCUGGGGGGCCUCGGGGAGCAGCUGAAGGACCUGAACCUGUCGGAGCUGCUCGAGACGGCCCCGCCGGGCGUCGACGAGGCGGUGGCGAUCUCCAAGGUCGUCGCGCUGCUCCGGAGCCCCGACUACGCGCACUUCAAGCGCGUGGUGUUCGACACGGCGCCGACGGGCCACACGCUGCGGCUGCUGUCGUUCCCGGACUUCCUGGACAAGUCGGUGGGGAAGAUCCUGACGCUGCGGAAGAGGAUUCUCGACGCGGUCGGCGGGCUCGGGGGCGUGCUGGGCGGCGUGCUGGGCGGGGGGGGCAACGGCGACGGGCAGCAGACGGCGCGGCGGGAGGUCGAGGGGGCGCUGGAGAAGCUGGAGACGCUGCGGGCGCGCAUGGAGGAGGCGCGGGCGCUGUUCCGGGACCCCAAGCGGACGGAGUUCGUGAUCGUCGCGAUCCCGACGGAGAUGGCGGCGGCGGAGAGCGCGCGGCUGGCGACGGCGCUCAAGGCGGAGGGCGUGCCGGUGCGGCGCGUGGUGGUCAACCAGCAGGUGCCGCUGUCCGCGACGGACAAGUUCCUGAACAUGCGCAUCAAGGACCAGGCGCACGCGCUGGGGGUGUUCCGGGGGGACCCGGAGCUGAGCAAGCUGCAGCGCAUCGAGGCGCCCAUGGUCGACCUGGAGGUGCGCGGCCUCGGCGCGCUGCAGUACUUCGGCGGCAUCGUCUGGAAGAGCGGGCGCGGCGCGUGA